GCCGGCGCGGGGGAUGCGCGGGGGAUGCGCGGGGACCGGGAGCCCCUCAGCCUACAUCGCGGUUUGAACAUCCCCCUCCCCCGCUGCAGGGACCGCACGGCCAUGGUUAUGGAGUUCCCUUAAGCCACUCAGCGCCAGCAUCCCUUGGAAAGUUUUCCUUCCCCAAAGGCAGCAGCAGCAGAAGAAAGCGCGGCUUGUGUGGCUGAUGAAGCCGGCCUUUCUGAGAUGUGAAUAAGACCUUUCUGUGGAUGCACGUCGCUCUACUGCCCUGGUAACUGUCCUUGGGAGGACUUUAAAGAGAGCUGAAAAUGAGAUGCCCUUACCAUGAAUGGCCCAAAGCUCUGGGUGUGCACAUCAUUGAUGAGCUGCAGAUGAACACAGCGUUUGCCUCAGAAGAUGGAUGUGAGUGUGGACUGGGGCCCUGGGAAUGACAUUUGUGACACAGGUGAGAAGCAUUCAAAUUAUUCCAGAAAGACAACUAAGCAGGAAGGCCACACACUUAGCAUCCAGAAGGAGGUAGACAUGAAUUACUCACAGAUGUUCAGUCCUCUUUGCAACUCUGCUGGACCUUCAGGUAAGCAGGAGCUUCCUACAGAGCUGCAGUGUGAAGAUAAAGAAACCUGUGAGACCUACUACCAGAAAGAAGGUGAGAAUCCAGCUGGGGUGUUUGUCCCUUCCGAUACCAACUUUGACCUGCAGUGUGAAGAUAAAGAUUUAGAGCACAGUUCCUCUGACUGCUCCAGGAAACCACGGGGAAGACUCCACGAUGGUAAUGAAAAUACCAUUCUUGGUGACAUGUUUGCAGAGGACCUGGAGCCUGUCUCCGAGGAAGCUUUGCCGCAUCGGUGCAAGAAGUGUGGUUCCUCUUUCCAGGGUAUGAGCGAGCUGCAGGAGCACAGGCGAACUCACCUCGUGGAAAACUCCUACCGCUGUCCCACCUGUGCCAAAGAGUUCUUCCGUGCGGCAAACCUGCGGAUGCACAAGCUCAUCCAUUCCAGCGACAGGCCGCACAAAUGCCCGGAGUGUGACAAGGGCUUCAUCCGCACGGCCGACGUCUGGAGGCACCUGCGCAACGUGCACAAGAUCGAGCGCUCCAUGGUGAUCCUGGGAAACGGCAUGGCCAGGAACCCCUGGUCCGUAGUGCACCGUAACCAGCACGCUGUUGAGUACAGCGAUCGGCCUUGCGCGGAAAACCAGAAGCCCGAGGAGGACGACUACAAACCUUACACCUGCCCGACGUGCGGCAAAGGCUUUGACAAGCCCAACCUGCUUUCCAAACACAAGGUGAUCCACCGGGAAGACAAGCCCUACAAGUGCCAGGAGUGUGGCAUGGCGUUUGUCCAGCUGCUCAGGCUGAAGAGGCACCAGCAGACUCACUCUGGGGCGCGCCCCUUCUACUGCGAGGAGUGCGGGGGGACGUUCACCCGGCUGGCGUCGCUCCAGCGCCACCACCGCAUCCACACGGGAGAGAAGCCCUACUCCUGCGGUUACUGCGGGCAUUCCUUCACUGAGUCGGGGACCCUGCGGAGGCACGAGCGCACACACAAACUGGACAAACCUUAAUUCUUGGCUCAUUUGUGGUUGCGGUCUCCUCGGUUGCUUCUCACCUGAGCCAGGUCUGCUCUGUUGGGCUGGAGAAGGCACCCACUGCGAGCGCUCUGCCCGGUCCAGACCCGCUGCCCCAGCAGGAAACGCUGCAUCACAGGGAUCUCUGGAACUUGUACUGGUAGAGGUUGCACUGACUGGCUUUGAACUGCUUUGUAUGAACAAAUUACCUAAUUACCACUGAAUAAUGAAAUUACUGCACGUGGGGAGACUGAAAUCACUCACAUGUGCUCGUGCUGUCUCAAUUUGCUGGACUGACCAUGCAUCAGCUUGAGCUUUGUGCAAGGAUGCACAGGCUGUGAGACUUCUCUCCACAGCCUCAGUCACUGGAUAAAUUGGCCCUGGCCUCUUGAAUGUGAUGGCUCUCUGGCACUGGGUUUGGAGAUCUGUUGUUGCAGGUCUUUGCUAAGUCAAAACAGUCCAGAAUUGUCCCUCUAUCCCUUCUGUCCUUGUAUUUUGCUGAGUUUUUCUUUCCACUACAUUUUUUCUAUUUGGAGGGGGAAUAUCAUGUUGGUUAUUUAAAAAAAACACCAAACCAAAACAAAAAAACCUACAAACCACUUCCUUAAUAAAUGCAACAGUUACCAGCUGUAUUUCACAAGUGGUAUUAUGUAAGGGAGUACCGAUACUUUAUGCACUUUUAUGUGAUGAGUUGAAUGUCUGUUAAUAAUGGGAAAAGCUUUAUUUUGACUAUGAUGAUGCAUGCUCUUGGCAUGAAGGGUUGGAAUGCAUUUAUGUCUCUAAUGGAACCAUGCACUCUAUCCUUCAACACCAGCUGAGUAUUGUCCUAAGAAGCAUUUGAGAACACAAAAUUCAAAGAGCAAAAGACCAAAUUUAAGCCACCUUUGCUACUCAUCGCAUGGGAAUCUCCUUAAUUUAAAUGUUUUCACACAUAAGGAAGCUUCCCAUAACAAAACCGUGUUUUGUGUUCUGUGAUGUGUCUGAGUGCUACUGAAGUGUCUGCUUGACUCUUCACUUUGAUUUAGAUGGUUAGUGAAUAAAAGUUUCCUUACAAACUAGCCUGGCAGAUUCAGGUGCUGCCAAAUACUCCAAGGCUGUAACUUCCAAAGAGGUUGGUAUUGCCUCAGUUAUGGCAGUGGGGUUUUAACUUUGAAAGUUUAUAAUGACGUUUUUAUCUGCUGUUAACCACUGUGGUAGAAGCAUCCAGUUUGUCCUUAAUUUGCAGCCUGAGUUUCCUUUCCAUAUCAGCUUCCUUUUCCCCUGCCAGCUGCCAUAAUUUCACUAAUUCCUUUCCAGUGCUUUCUGCCUUUUCAGAAGGAAGUUGUGCAGCAGAGUGAAGGUAAAGCUUCAGGGUAAUGUACCUUUGCAUUAACUACCAGGCUAUUUAAUAUAAAAUACUAAUUGUACCGUUAGUUUGCUUAUUCCAUGGAGUAAAAAAUAAUGAUGGCUGUUCAGCACCUUCCACCUGUGCGAGAGCUGAGCAGGUGUCACACAACUGUGGGUCCUGCUGUGUUUGAUGUGAGGUCCUUGGCUCAGAUCGAGCUGAACCACUGUCUGCAGCAAAACUUUAACUCGAUUAUGAAUUGGAGACUAAUUCUCCUGGCAUCACUGAUGGGUCGUUUUUAUUUAAUUCCUCAAAGAAACCUCCAGAUGGGGGAACUGAUCUGCAUCCUGCUUCUGAGGAUGUGUUCUGUUGUCUGUGUACUUUUGUAAUGCUGGGAUGGCUGGACCCUGUGUACCAUGUGCAUUCACUAUAGUGGGACUGAGACUUCUCCAAACUCCCCUCCAGGCAGGAAGUUCCAGUACCGUUUUAGGUUUCCAAAGGGCUUUUGCUGGGGCCCCUUAGCAACAGCUCAGUCUUAUCUGAGGGCUGCUUAGCCUCUCUAAGAGGAAAGAUCUUUGCAUGACAAGAAUCCUGGCUGACUGUGGGUAAGUGAUCUGCAGAGAGAGGUCAACAGUGCUGUUCUAUGGGGACUGUGACGUUCAACACCUUCUGAAGUGACCUGGAGAGAGAGAGGGCAGAUAGUGAGGUGACAAAGCUGUUCUAGAAGCUUUCAUGCAAUAAGUUUCCACGCUCAUCUUCUAAACCCAUUUUGAAGUUGUCAUCUACAGCCUCCCCUGUUCAGCAUCCUGCUUCUCCCUUGGGUAUGCAAUGCUCUUGCUGCAGGGGGUUUUAAUAUCCAAUUAAACUGCACCACUAUGCACAUCUUUAUGUUGUGUGACUGUUCUGCUUAGGCAGUUGCAGUAAUUGAGAAAAUCCAGUUAUUCUGCUUUUCGAUGUUAGCACUUGGUGGAAUUUGUACCUAUAAGAUAAUGGUGAAAGUAUUUUGAAUGAAGGUCUGUUAUAUGGGAAGAGGAAAUGGAUGGUGAAAUGAGAACCACUAGGCUUAACUAAAAGGUUAUUAAAAAGACACUUGCCUGGAAGGUUGACUCGCAUAUAAAGUGCUUGGAUGUGUGAAAGGAGUAAUUAAAAUGUGAUGGCUUCUGGGACAAGUGUGUUGAACUUCUUCAAAGAAACUUCCAUUAACUCCUUUGCAAGAUACAGUGACCUAUAAAACGUGACUGCCACCCCUGGCAGAGGAAAGGAUGGAGUCAGCCAGGCAUGUACCUUCAUUGUUCUUCCAGAUUGGUCCCCAAAUCCUUCCUGGAAGAGCUUGCAUGCAGGACAUUGGACAGGGCAAGAGAUGGGACAGGCUGAGGCAGAAUGAUACCGACUGGAGAAGCACACUACUCUGGGUUUCAUCCCUCACCUGCUCACCUUGAGAGGGAAGGGGUGCUUGUCCUAAAACCACACAGAGCCCUGUUCUCCCUUAUGGAAAGUCAGUGGUGAACAGAAGGCCAGGAUGUGCUCAGGUUCACUCUGCAUGAGAGAGACUAAAAUCCUGGGAUACUCUGACUUGGGAAGACAUCAGAAACAUUCCUAAACUGUAGCUGUCUCCUGCAAAUGAACCUGGAGUUGGGUUGGCAGAGCAGGAGAGGUGGAAGGAAGGGCCAGAGGCAGGGGUACCUUGGGGUGAUGGGCUGAAGCAUAAGCCAAGCAUGGCUGGUGGAGAUGAUGGUGAGGGCAAGGAUGAC